GCCGAGGUUCUCGUUCCCCACCCACCGGCGCGCUACAACUUCCGGGGCCGGUAUCUUUAACACGGGCGGGACUCCGGUCGGAGUUAACAGUUUCUCGCAGCAAUGACUUACCUGGUCGUUAUCUCCCAGUCUUGCGUUCGCGGAGUCACAUAGCGGGGCGAUGCUCUCUGAGUCAGAGUUUCCCGUCGAAGUCAUUCUCGAGGCGAUCGACAACAUGGUACAGCCCAAGGAGAUCCGGCCGAAGGUCAUCCUCUUUGACAUCGGCGGUGUCUGUGUGAGUACCCAGCUAUCGGAUCCACAUGGUUUCCUUUCUCAUCCAUUCUCGCGGCUUGCAGGUUGUCUCGCCUUUCCAGUCGAUCCUCGACUACGAGCUCAGCCUGGGCAUCCCUCCGGGUUGGAUCAACUACUCCAUCUCGCGCACUGCACCGUCGGGCUUCUGGCACCGGCUCGAGACGGGCAGCAUCCCCAUGGACGCCGCCUUCUUUGAGGGGUUCAACCGCGACCUGCACGACCAGGCCCGGUGGGAGACCUUCUACCGCGCCCAGCAGGCCCGCAACCCGUCCCUGCCCAAGGAGAUCCCACCCCUCCCCAAGAUCGACGGCGAGUGGCUCUUUUUCGACAUGAUGGCGGCAGCGCGCUCCCCGGACCCCUGGAUGUACCCAGCCCUCAAGGCCCUCAAGGCCAGUGGCAAGUACAUCGUGGCCGCGCUCAGCAACACCGUCAUUUUCCCGCCGGAGCACGAGUACUCGCGGGUCGACUUCUUCGACGACCCCAUCCGCAGCCAAUUUGACGUCUUUGUGUCAUCAGCGCAUGUGGGCAUGAGGAAGCCGGACCCGCGGAUCUACCAGCUCACUCUGCAGAGGGUGAACGAGUUUGCCAAGGCCAAUGCCGACACGGAGAGGGGGCGGGCCUUGGGCUGGUCGGAAGGGGUGAAGGCGGAGGAGAUUGUGUUUCUGGAUGACAUUGGGGAGAACCUCAAAGCGGCCAAGGCUGCCGGGUUUAGAACCAUCAAAGUACCGCUCGGGCGGGCGUACGAGGCGGUGGAAGAGCUAGAGAAGGUGACAGGAUUGGUUCUGGCGGGUGACCACCCCAAGGUGCCUAUCAAGCCUAACUACAAAGGGAGCAAGGCGAAGAUUUGAAAUCUACUCUGUACCCAAGCCCUCAAAGAAAUAUACACCUGAACCCCGAUUCAUGAGUUGCAUGUUGCAUUGCUCGCC